AUGUUAAGUUUUUUGAUUGACUGCAGCGAAGACAAAACUGAUCUCACAUCGCUUCUUCUACUGUCACGGUUGCUGAAUGAUGAACAAAAGGAAAGGGAGGCACCAAGUGAGGGUCCGGCUGGAAAUGUUUUAGAGGCAUCCAUUAAAGACAAGGAGAAAGGAAGUGGUGCAUCUUUAGAUGAAGGAACCGCGACACAAAAAGAAAGCGGUGUUGAGGGAGGAGUGUCGACGGCAAAGAAAAGAUCAAAUGUUGCCGCUCAGCGCGGUUCUAAGGACAAGACACAACAUCAGACACAAGCGGCGAAUGCUUCCGUUACCGUUUCCAAACCGAAUGUUGGUGGGCCCGUGCCACCACUUGCACUGACGAGCACGUUGGCUUUUAUGAUGAACGGUUGUGGUAGCUCCCGCAGCGAGUUUCCAAAUCUCUCUCUUCUUUGUGAAAUCAGCGGCAGCGAGGAGGCCCCUCCCCAAGCCCCGAUGCAAAAAGUCAACUCAAACUCUGAAAAGCGUGUAGAAGCAAAAACUCAGGGUCGAAAACCCAUUCAACGGCGCCCCCGAACCCCUCCACCAGGCACACAAGCCGUACAAAGGAAAGGAAGAAGGGCUUCAGCGGAACCAUCAUUGGUUCCCCAUACGCCUCCCAAACUGGAAGAGGCGGUGAUCCCGAUAUCAAAGUUUCGUGCGCCAUCUUCCGUUGGAGAUGAUGACAUGGCCCCCACUUAUUCGCGAAACGGAGGUCAUACGGUAGCGAAACGUGUUAUUCAAUACACUGAGAAUAUACCGUUGACAAUUACUUCGUGCACUCCUGACAGCAAGCGUCGGUCAUAUGCGCGACGUUACGUUUCCCGGUUACUUAGUAGUCCCAUUGACGCCGCACACUCAAGGUACCGUGGAAAGUUUGAGAAUGCAAUCACUCACGCUCGUGGUUUUUACUCAGGAGUAACGAACAGCAAUGUAAGUUACCAUCUUGAUCCCCCAUCACUCCGAAGACAAGGUCCAGAAACCCCUAGUGUGAGUGUUUAUAAAGCGGAAAGCAAUACAAGUGAAUUUGGUGGGUCAACAGCCAAUUUAUUUCAUAGAAUCAACAGCGACUGCAAAGGAAGGAUGUCGAAAAGUUUACAUCAUUUGGAACAAGGAAAGUUGUACGGAGCAACGCGAUCCUCCUCUCUGGGCUCAAAUAUAGCGCCGUCACCGAUGGGUGGAAAUGCAUCGAGGUGUUUGUUGAGCUUACGCCGCUUGGGGGAUGUGAAGAGACGUCAGAGCGGACUUGUGUUGGUGGAAGAUCAACUUGAGAGGCAGCAGUCUCGCUUUCUAGAUUUAAUGAUAGAAGGGAAGUCCAUGCAAUUUACCGUCCGAGCUCCACAGAAGAAGAGGAAAUUUCGCUCAGGGGGGAAGGCUCAUGUGACAUAA